AUGAAGCAAAUGGAAGGAGAGCGAUUUGCUGAAUUUAUUAUCAGAAUUCGGCAACAAAUAGGUGAAUGUGGUGUGGAUAGGUAUGAUCCGGAAGUUCGGGAAAUACUCACCGACAUUAUGUUGGUAGACACCAUAGUAGAAGAAGAACUACGCAAACAAAUUUUUCAAAAGGAUAGAACAGUAGAAGAAAUUGAACAGAUUGGGAGGUCGUUGGAAGGAGUACUUAAGCAGUUGAAGGAUUUUGGUGCAAUUCGAGAAGAGGUGAAAUAUGGAGAACGAGUGUUUGAUAUACAUCAUGCUAAACGGAAGUCACGAUAUCAGCAGACAAAACCAAACAAUUCCGUAGAAUCUCGAUUGAAGUCUAAAAGUGCGGAUUUAAAAUGUUUCAAAUGUGGAUUCUAUGGACACAUUUCGACCGACAGUAGAUGUCCGGCCAGAGGAAAAUGGUGCAAACGUUGCAAAAAGAUGGGACAUUUCGAAUCACGGUGCCGUUGGCAGAAUAGACCUUCAUUCGGAUGUAAGGAAAACAUGCGAGAGCAUUCUUCGGAAACUAAGAAAAUCCGUAUAGUAGACCAAACUUCGCCUGUACGGGAGUCAAAUGCGGUAGAGGUAAUUGUGCCGUUGGCGAACGAUUCACAGAAAACGUACUACGCCUUUUACUCCGGAAAUGUGUCGAACGUAAUAGUCUGCAAAAUUGGAGGAGUCUUGCAUCCCAUGUUGGUCGAUUCUGGAGCUGAUGCAAAUUUAAUUACAGACACUGCUUGGAACAGUUUCAAAUCCGCAGGGAUCUGUGUGUCAAGCUGUGUAAAAGGCAGUAAUCGCAUAUUGAAGAGCUAUGCAAACAGCAUUCCACUGACAGUGUUGGGAUCCUUCAAAGCUGUGGUGUGUGUGGGAGCUGAAUCCGUAGAGGCGGAGUUUUUUGUUAUUAAAGGAGGUCAACGUUCGCUGUUGGGAGAUAAAACAGCGAAGGCACUUGGUAUUCUAAAAGUUGGCUUGGAUAUUGAUCAGGUUACGAAAAAAGUUGAGCCGCUUUCCAAGAUCAAAGAUGUUUCAGUGCACAUUCAUUUGGAUGCGGAAAUUAAACCAGUUUUUCAACCAAUGAGAAGAGUACCGGUAGCUUUAGAGGAGGCAGUCAAUCAUAAGUUGAGUGAAUGGAUGGAACGAGAUAUCAUAGAAGAGAAAAAGGGUCCUGUUACAUGGGUAUCACCGUUAGUUGUUGUGGGUAAGGCGAACGGUGAGCCAAGAAUUUGUCUGGACCUUCGAAGAGUGAACGAGGCUGUUCUAAGAGAGAGACACCCAAUGCCAUUGAUCGACGAUUUUCUAGCCAGAAUUGGUUCUAACAUGAUCCGAAGUAAACUAGAUGUGAAGGAUUCAUUCCUGCAAAUCGAAUUAGAUGAAACGUCGAGGGAUGCAAUGGUUUUUCUAACACCUCGGGGUUUAUACCGAUUCAAACGAAUGCCGUUUGGACUGGUCACAGCCCCGGAAAUUUUCCAGAGAACUAUGGAUGAGAUCCUGGUUGGUUGCGAGGGUACCUGGUGGUACAUUGACGAUAUCUACAUCGAAGGGAAAAAUAAAUACGAACAUGAUGAUCGUGUGGCUAAGGUAGAGUAA